UCUUUUCCCACCCAACGCGGCAAAGCUUCUCUGUCACGACCAACGCGUGAACUUCCCAUCCCCUUCCCAUUGGCGGCCUCCCUUCUCUCUCUUAAACCAUCAUGUGCAUUUUGACUUGACUCACUCUCCCACUCACCCCUCUCUUCUCUGACUCCCGAACCACACGGAAACUCACAUUUUCGUUUGUGUUUGGCUGUUGCUUUUCAUUUUUGGCUUCUCUCCGAUCUCCCAAGUUCUCCCAUUUGAAUUAUCUCACCCUUUUUCUCUGUCUGAAAUGGCUCCUCUUUCCUUUUUCUAUGUCCUUGUUCCGUUUCUUCUCUUUCUCACUCCCGCCCUCUCGACUAACUCUGAAGGAAAUGCGUUGCAUGCUUUGAGAAGCAGGCUCUCUGAUCCAACAAAUGUGCUGCAGAGCUGGGACCCCACCCUGGUCAAUCCCUGCACCUGGUUCCAUGUCACCUGUGAUUCCAACAGCCACGUGAUUCGCUUGGAUUUGGGCAAUUCUAAUAUCUCUGGGACUUUAGGUUCAGAGCUUGGCGAGCUCAAGCAUCUACAGUACUUGGAGCUUUAUAGGAAUGAGAUAGGAGGUAAAAUCCCAAAAGCAUUGGGUAAGUUGAAGAAUCUUGUCAGCAUGGAUUUGUAUGAAAACAGAUUUGAAGGAGAAAUCCCAAAAUCUUUAUCCAAGUUAAAGUCACUCAGAUUUCUACGGUUAAGCAACAACAAGCUGACAGGGUCAAUCCCAAGGGAGCUCACCAACCUCUCUAACCUCAAAGUUUUCGAUGUUUCGAACAACAAUCUAUGUGGAACAGUUCCUGUAGAUGGCCCUUUUGCCACAUUCCCAAUGGAAAGUUUCGAGAACAACAGACUCAAUGGCCCGGAGCUGAAAGGACUGGUGCCCUAUGACUUUGGAUGCUGAAGCAACACUCUUCGAUCCUUUUUAAAAGACUAAUUCUAAAACUUAUUGUACGAUAAAGUAGCAGGAUAGAAUGCCCAGUUACUAUGUCAUAUAUUUGACGAAGGCACUCUCUCUGUGGUGUGGGAAGAAGAGUAAUGAAAACAAGCGAAUGGGUUGAAUAUUGUGCA